UCUUUUCCUUCUUCCUUGCAGCCUUUAGGAUCAAGAAGCUUGCUUGCAGACUGUUGGGGGGUUUUCUUUCUCUUCCUCUCUGCUUGACAGGACACGCUUGUCAGAGAACUUGCUGAGCCGAGAUGCCCCGAGGGUUCCUGGUGAAGAGGACUAACAGAGCCGCCCCUGUCUCCUACAGGGUGCGCAGCGCCGAAGAGGGACAGAGCUUCACGGAAGCAUCACCUUCUUUGUGGGGCCCUCCAGCAGCCGCCUCCUCAGCUGCCACCAGGUCCUCCUGCUACGGGAUGCCCGAUUCCCCCUGCGCGCCAUCCCGCAGCCCCGACAGACCAGAGAGCGGACAGCCCGGCUCCCCAGGCAGGCCAGUCAACUCCAGCUCGCCAGUCUUGGCCGAGUCUUUCCCCAGCCCGUCGACCCUGGCAUCCUCGCUGGGGCGGGCAGUUUUCGUGGCCUCUGUGUCGGAUGAGGAGGUGGAGAUGGGUUCAAACUGCACCCCUAUCCAAGCGGUCAAGAGGCAGCUGCCAGCGGUCAAAGCCAAAGCCCAUGGGAAAAGGCCCAGGACGGAGAGGAAGGCCUAUCGAGAUGAGGUGACCACUUCGCCGGUCCUGGGGCUGAGAAUCACCAAAGAGCUGAUGGACUAUCAGCAACCCAAGGUUUCUGGGCAGCCUCUGGGAGAGUUCAUCUGCCAACUGUGCAAGGAGGAGUAUGCAGAUGCCUUGUCACUGGCUCAGCACAGGUGUUCCAGGAUCGUCCGAGUGGAGUACCGCUGCACUGAGUGCGACAAGGUGUUUAGUUGCCCAGCAAACCUGGCAUCUCAUUGCCGCUGGCACAAGCCUAAGAACCCUGGAAGCCUCCAGGGCCAGGAGGUGGCCAAAGACAGCAGCAAGAGUAAAACCAAAGCCGAGAGCCAGCGGGAGAGCUGCAAUUCUUCGCCGCAAUCCUGCGAUUAUCCCAGCCCCGAAGACGACAUGUUCGACUGCCCACUCUGUGGGAAGAAGUUCCGACGGCAAGCCUACCUUCGGAAACAUAUGGCCACUCACCGGCCUCCAGUGCUCUUGCCCGGAAGUCAGCAGUUCCUCCAACAACCCACAGCAGAGCUCGAGAAACCAGGUGCCCCUCCUCAACAUGGACUUCGGCUCACUUUCGCUGCGGCUGAGGACGUCCCGGUCAAACCAUGCCCCGAGACGUCCUACAUCCCUUGCCCAAUACAAAGCCGGCAAGACAACAGCAAGUGCCAACCUUUGGAGAGCAGGCAAGUGGUGUUGCUCCAACUCUCCACAGCGCACACGGUGAUAUGAAUUGAGGAGAGGAAAUCCCAACCCUGAACACCCCCCCCCCCCCCAUGUUCCUGGUCAUAUUUAUUCUCUGCGUGUGUGCACAUGCAUGUUUGUGCAAAUGAACAAAAUUGAUGAAAACAUGAUUAAAACUGUCCUGAAACAGAGCGAGAGGAGGAAAAAAGGAUUCAUCAGCCUCACAGUUUCUUUGCAAUACUGUAAUGGUUACAGACAAGUAUAAAUCAUAUUAUUUAUUUAUUUUUUUUGUUAAUUAUAUAUAUAGAACUUUUAGUACAAGAACUUCCUGCAAGUGUUUAUAGACUUUUUUUGGAUAUCAUGCUGGGGAUGGGUAAGGUGAUUGUAUUGCUGAAUUCUGUAUUUUUCUCAACAACUAAA